UCAUUGUUCCUCCCACCCCCUUUUUUUUUCUAGAUGGCAAGAUUUUUCAGGAAAAGGUCCAGUCGAUCAAGUACCUGAGAAAUUCCAGCAUUGGUGGAAAAUCAGUUGACAGUCCAUCUCUAACUACAAGUCCAGCUGGAUUUACUGCUUCGCCACUGGGAGGAAACAUUAUUUCCAAGAUUAGCAUACCACAGAUAAUACUCUCUCAGGCACUUCAAAGGCGUUGCAAAAGCCUACCAGCAUCUCCUACGUCCUCACCACAAGUGCAUCCAAAAAGGCUACCUGGGAACUUGGGUAGAAGUAUUGAUGACUUGCAGGAAGUUCGGGAGAGUGACUCUGUUGAUCCACAGGAAAAAAAUAUUUUUGUGGAAAGCUCUGAUCCAUUAAAAAGGAUACAGGAGGAAUUCUUUGUCAGCAGCUGUGAGUCUGCGAAAACAGUUUGUGACUCAGAAUUAACAUCUGCUGAAGCAUUGGUUGACAUUUCAAAAGAAGAACUAGAAUUAUCUGAGAACAAAGAGCUAAAUGCAGAACUGAAAAGUAAUGAGAAUGGUGCUGCAGUUGAAUCACUGUUGUGCCGUCCUGACAAUCUGAAGGGGCUGCCUUCAUUUCAGAAGAGUCAAAAUAAUUUUGCUGGCUUGGGUCUAGCAUUUUCUGCUCAGAGUGGAUCAUCCUCCGUUGCUUGCUGGCCAAGCCUUGCUGAUAGGAGUGCACUUCCUGAAGACUGGGAAAGUCUUACGUUCUCUUCAGUUAGUGAACAGACCUUUGAAAGAUCUGAAAGACCUGAUUAUAGAUCCACAGAAGAUUGCCUUGUGCUUGUAUGCUGUGGAUUGUAUGACCUCUUGCGUGGCGUUCUUUUAAUCCUGCCAGAUAUCAUGCUAGAAGAUGUGAUAGACAAACUUAUUCAGCCUGACACUCUUAUUGUUCUUGUGAACCAUCCAUCUCCUCUCAUACAAGAAGGAGUCAUUAAAUUGUUGGAUGCAUAUUUCAACAGAGCAACCAGGGAACAAAAGGAAAAAUUUUUAAAGAAUCGUGGCUUCUCCUUGUUAGCCAACCAGUUGUAUCUUCAUCAAGGAACUCAGGAACUUGUGGAGUGCUUUUUGGAAAUGCUCUUUGGUCGAUCUGUUGGUCUUGAUGAAGAAUUUGACAUGGAAGAUGUAAAAAAUGCUGGACUUUUUCAAAAAUGGUGUGUCAUUCCUGUUCUGGGACUUAUAGAGAAUUCUCUAUAUGACAACGUACUGCUGCAUAAUUCCUUCUGCCUUCUGCUACAAAUCAUGAAUUCUUGCUCUAAAAUGGCAGACAUGCUGCUUGAUAAUGGUUUGCUGUAUGUGCUGUGUAAUACUUUAGCAGCCCUUAAUGGUCUAGAAACAAACAUUCCUUUGAAUGACUACAAGCUACUUGUGUGUGAUAUACAACAAUUGCUAGUAGCAGUCACAAUUCAUGCCUGCAGUUCCUUAGGUUCUCAGUAUUUUCGUGUUAUUGAGGACCUUAUUGUACUACUGGGACAUCUUCAAAACAAUCAAAAUGAGAAGACACGAAACAUGGCAAUUGCCCUGCAAUUCAGAGUUCUUCAGGCAGCUAUUGAAUUAAUAAAAGCUACAGCAAACCAAGACUCUCAGGAUCUGGCUAACUCUUUACGUUUACCUGCUACCCAUCAUCAUGCAAUGUUUCAAAAACGUAAAAGCAUUGCUGAUUCCAGGAAAUUUUCUCUUGCUCAGUCUGACAAACUGGUGAUGAAAAUGCGUUUAGUAGCAAGUGAUGAACUUAACAUGAUGAUGCAGCGGAGAAUGAGCCAAGAGAAUCCUAUUCGAGCCACUGAGAAUGAGUUUAUACAAAGGUUACAGAGACUCACUGUUCUAGCAGUUAACAGGUUCAUUUAUCAAGAACCUACUGAAGAUUGUUUUGAUGUAUUGGGUACACCAGAGACCACAAUUCAGUGCAGACUUUCAACAUCCCAGCUGGAAGCCUCUGAAGAGGAGGACCAACGAGAAAUGCCUAGUAAUACAAAUUCUUUUCUGAAAGAAAUGUUCAAAAUGAUGAUUGAAGGAAUCAAAGUAUCUAUUGCUACAAGCAGAAUCAGCACCCCUAGGCAACAGUGGAGGAGAAUCCUCUGGUCCUGUAAGGAUACAUUCCGUAUGCAGCUUGGAAGACUCCUAGUGCAUAUUUUAUCUCCAGCACAACCAUUGCAAGAAAGAAAGAAAGCUUUGGAGAUUGUAUGUGAAACAAACCACCAGGAGAUUAUUCGAGAUUGUCUCAGCGUACCUCUGCAACAUGGACCUAAAUUAGCCCUCUAUCUGUAUGAGUUAAUGCAUGAUCAUAAGGAUGAAUUGACCAAAGAAGAACAAGUAUCAUCAGGAGUAUUUAUGAAUGCAUUAAAAUUUUGUGGCUAUAAAUGCAUUUCUCCCAGUGCUCCACCAAAACCAGACCUCCUUAAUGCCAUGAAAGAGGAUCAAAAGAAGUUUGAGGCAGAGGAAUGUGUGAACAAAACUGUUUGGGAAAAGACUGUGAUUAAUAAUCAGCAAAAUCUCUCUCAGCGUCUGGAUGCAAAGUCAAAAGAUAUUUCCAAAAUAGCUGCAGACAUUACCCAGGCGGUCUCUUUGUCGCAGGGAAUGGAAAGAAAGAAGGUGAUUCAGCACAUUAGAGGAAUGUAUAAAACAGAUUUAAGUGCCAGCAGGCAUUGGCAGGAACUUAUUCAGCAACUUACACAUGAUAGAGCACUCUGGUAUGAUCCUGUCUACUACCCAACAUCUUGGCAACUAGAUCCAACAGAAGGCCCAAACCGAGAGAGACGCCGUUUGCAGAGGUGCUAUUUAACUAUACCAAAUAAGUACCUGCUCCGAGAUAGGCAGAAACAGGAAGAAGUGAUCAAACCCCCUUUGUCUUACCUAUUUGAAGACAAAACACAUUCCUCUCACUCUUCCACUGUAAAAGACAAAGCAGCAAGUGAGAAUAUAAGAGUGAAUCGAAGAUGCAUCAAUGUAGCACCUUCUAGAGAGACAGCUGGUGAAUUGUUAUUGGGCAAAUACGGAAUGUAUUUCGUUGAAGACAAUGCUUCUGACACAAUAGAAAGUUCUAGUUUUCACGGAGAAACGGAACCAGCAUCAUUUUCUUGGACAUAUGAAGAAAUCAAGGAAGUUCAUAAGAGAUGGUGGCAAUUAAGAGACAAUGCUGUGGAAAUAUUUUUAACAAAUGGCAGAACUUUACUUUUAGCUUUUGACAACACAAAGGUCCGUGAUGAUGUGUACCACAACAUCUUAAUGAACAACCUGCCUAAUCUUUUGGAGUAUGGGAACAUUACUGCUUUGACCCACCUGUGGUACACAGGACAGAUUACCAACUUUGAAUACCUGACUCAUUUAAACAAACAUGCUGGGCGUUCCUUCAAUGAUCUUAUGCAGUAUCCAGUGUUUCCCUUUAUACUUUCUGACUACACCAGCGAAACAUUGGACCUAAAUGAUCCAUCUGUUUAUAGAAAUCUAGCCAAACCCAUAGCUGUACAGUCUAAAGAGAAGGAAGAUCGAUAUGUGGAUACUUACAAGUAUUUGGAAGAGGAGUACCGCAAAGGAGCUAGAGAGGAUGACCCAAUGCCUCCCGUGCAGCCUUAUCACUAUGGAUCUCAUUACUCCAACAGUGGAACUGUACUUCACUUUCUAGUUAGAAUGCCUCCUUUCACUAAAAUGUUCUUAGCUUAUCAAGAUCAAAGUUUUGACAUCCCAGACAGAACCUUUCAUUCUACCCACACAACUUGGCGCCUCUCCUCCUAUGAAUCUAUGACUGACGUGAAGGAGCUUAUCCCAGAAUUUUUCUAUCUUCCAGAGUUUUUAGUUAACAGAGAAGGUUUUGAUUUUGGACUGCGUCAAAAUGGUGAAAGAGUAAACCAUGUCAAUCUCCCCCCAUGGGCUCGUAAUGAUCCCCGUCUCUUCAUCCUGAUUCAUCGUCAGGCUUUAGAGUCUGACCAUGUCUCCCAGACAAUCUGUAACUGGAUUGAUUUAGUGUUUGGGUAUAAACAAAAGGGCAAGGCUUCGGUUCAAGCUAUCAAUGUCUUCCAUCCUGCUACCUACUUUGGGAUGGAUGUGUCUGCUGUUGAGGAUCCAGUUCAAAGAAGAGCCCUGGAAACAAUGAUAAAAACAUAUGGACAAACCCCUCGUCAAUUGUUCCACACAGCGCAUGUCAGCAGACCCGGGUCCAGGCUCAUAAUAGAAGGAGAACUUCCCGCUGCCAUGGGGUUAUUAGUGCAGUUUGCUUUCAGAGAAACCAGGGAGCACGCUAAAGAAAUAGUAUAUCCAAGUCCUUUGCCUUGGAUAAAAGGUUUAAAGUGGGGGGAAUAUGUAGGUUCCCCAAGUGCUCCAGAUCCAGUUGUUUGCUUCAGCCAGCCACAUGGAGAAAGGUUUGGCUCUCUGCAGGCUCUGCCAACUAGGGCCAUCUGUGGUUUGUCCCAAAAGUUCUGCCUUUUGAUGGUAUACAGUAAAGAGCAAGGUGUGAGAAGCAUGCACAGUACAGAUAUCCAGUGGUCAGCCAUUCUGAGUUGGGGAUAUGCUGAUAACAUUUUAAGACUAAAAAGCAAGCAAAGUGAACCUCCAAUAAAUUUUAUACAGAGUUCACAGUUGCAUCAGGUAACAAGUUGUGCUUGGGUACCAGACAGUUGCCAGCUUUUUACAGGUAGCAAAUCUGGUGUCAUCACAGCAUAUAUGAACAGAUUUUCUAGCAAUAUGCAUUCCGAGAUAGAAAUGGAAUCUCAAGUACAUCUAUAUGGUCACACAGCAGAGAUAACCAGCUUAUUUGUCUGCAAACCAUAUAGUAUAAUGAUAAGUGUAAGCAAGGAUGGAACCUGCAUCAUCUGGGAUUUGAAUAGGCUGUGCUAUGUCCAAAGUCUUGCUGGACACAAGAGUCCUGUGACAGCAGUCUCUGCUAGUGAAAUGACAGGUGAUAUUGCAACAGUUUGUGAUUCAGUUGGAGGGGGCAGUGAUCUGAGACUUUGGACAGUAAAUGGUGAUCUUGUAGGACAUGUUCACUGCAGGGAAAUCAUAUGCUCUGUUGCUUUCUCUAACCAGCCGGAAGGAGUGUCCAUCAAUGUUAUUGCAGGGGGGCUAGAAAAUGGGGUUGUAAGGCUGUGGAGUACUUGGGACUUGAAACCUGUGCGGGAAAUUACAUUUCCUAAAUCAAAUAAACCUAUUGUAAGCCUUACAUUUUCCUGUGAUGGUCAUCACUUGUACACAGCAAAUAGUGAAGGAACUGUUAUAGCUUGGUGUCGCAAGGACCAGCAGCGCUUGAAACUACCCAUGUUCUACUCAUUCCUUAGCAGCUAUGCAGCUGGCUGAUGACUCUUCAUGCUGUUAAAUCACCAUAUCUCUGAAGCACUUCAAAUCCAGAGUAGAUCAUAGAACCUCUGUUGUUUAAUUGGAUUUUGAAAUGUAUUGAAGUUCUUUAAAACAAGUGAGUUGAUGAAAGCAUACAUCAGUCUGAGGUUAUUGUAAAAUGUGUAUAUGCAUGCCCCAAAUUUUAGACCAUAUCAAGGUUACAAAGGAAGUUCUGGUUUUAUAUACUCUGAUACAAGCAACGUGGCACACACAUGCUCUAACCAACAAGCUGAAAUGCUGCAGUGUAAAAUGUAAUAGUAUUUUUUUAAAUAAUUUCUUGAACACAAGUAUUCCAAAUCUUGAAUCACUAGUGGUGACUUUUUCCCUUUUAUUCUUUGUGUUGUAAAGUACCAAUGGCAUUAAAAAUCUCUUAAAUAUUUAUAAGAAGAUUGACAAUGUGUGUAUCUGAUCAGUCAGUACAGUCCAAUUGGGUCUAGCAUUAGUACCCCCAAAAUUUAAACAUGGAGGAUUCCAAACUGCUUUUUUGGAGAAGCAAAUAGCUCAGUAGGUGCUUUGUGCACCAACCAUUUUAUGGUAUGUCAUAAUGCUAAAAACUGAACUUCUGUUAUUCCCUGAUAUUCCAUAGUUUUUUGCUAAUUGUCUUUUCAGCUCUCAUAGGACAAUAGUCCUAUAGCAGACAGAAACCAAUGUGUCUGUGUUUUAAUAACAACCAGACACCUCAUGGCAUCAUGAAGCAAUAGUUAAACAAGUUUUUUUCAUCUAACUGUAAAUUGCACAAAUGCAUAACACUAGUUAGUUGUUAUGAAUCUAAGAAUAUAUUUAGCAUACAUUUCAGAGUUCAAAAAUGCAAAGAAAACAGUGCAGAUAUCAUCUGCUCUCAUUUAGUGCCAUGUGCGAGUUAAAUACAUGUAAAAUGUUUGAAUAAGACCAUAACUGCUUGACUAAUCAGUGUUCAUCAUAUGUCAGAUCAUUCAGAAAAGUUUACACACACACAGUGCAAAUAUGAUACUUAUUCCUAGGUGCUAAUCUUUGAAAAAGGAACAUGCAUUCAGGUCAGGAGUUAAUACUUCACAAUCUCUCAACUGAAUUUGAAGGUGAAUUUUUGUAGCAUGCUCCACACAGGACUGACACACUCAAUAACUUAAAUAUUUGGAAAGCCAAUAUCAGCUGAGCAUAAUUACAUAUUCCUCCAUUAGGGGAAAAAAGUUACAACCCAGGAAUGCCACAGAAACCCAUUACGUAGUUUAAACCUAUUUUUUCCCUUAAAUCACUUACACAUUCCACUUCUACCAUAUAGAUUUUAAUGGCUAUAUUUUUACUCAUUGCAUGUAUUUAUCCUCUUGCAAAACACUGUACUAUAAGAUCUAUAAUUUGUCACCUGGUGAUAAAGACAAAAUAUGUAUAGAUACCGGCAAAUCAUAAUAUACACACAAUCUGUACAUUUGUUAUGAAAAUUCCAAGUGUACAUCUUUUAAUGUCUAGAUUUUCCAAAAACUUUAUAGGUUAAGUACAAGGAUCUUCCCACAGUUCAGAUUCUGAAAAUAGAUCUCUUGGACCAGUGAAGAAUAAGCAAAUGGCUGCAUACUGUAUGAAUUUAAAUAUUUUAAAUGCAUAUAUUGCAGGUACAUUUUACAAGCUGGCUUUAAUCAUGUUUUUCAUAUCCCAAAUACAAACGGAGAAGCUUUUUGGUUCAUGUUGAGGUGAUAUGCUUCAUUUAAAACUUUUUUGUUUUGGAAGCUUUUACUUGCUCCCCAAUUUAAAUAUGGGAUGUUGCUCAUGGAGUCUUACUUUUAAAAAGCAGCAUUCCAUUUGUUAUAAAUCUCAGAUAUGCAAAAUAGCUGUUCUUGUAAAAAGUGCAAUAUUAUAUUUUUAUGUAAAAUGAACUUUUGGGGCAGGGAAUAUUUAUUCAGCUUGAUAACGUUUUGGAAAUAUUAAAACACCUCAUGAUAGUGUAUGUGCAUGUCAGGCUGAAAAUUCCUGUAAAUAAUCACGUUGCACUGUCUUUGUAUACACUGCCACCUGUGGUGUUGGGUAAUAAAUCAUUCAUUUGAUACAAAUACAGAUAAAAGGCUGUUUAUGCAAUACCUAUAGCAGUUUUUUGGGUUUGGUCUAUCAACUCAUUUUUCAGUUAGCAUUCUGUUGUUCACUUCUCCAGUGCCAUUUGCGGCUGUUCCUGUACCUUAACUUUCUCUCUUUAAAAAGUAAAACGAAGAAAUUACAUUCACCACAGAAGCAGUUACAGGGCUAAAUUCUGCCCCCUCUUACAUCUAGGCAACCUCACACUAAAGGCAAUAGGGUUACCUGGAUGUGAAUGAGGGCAGAAUUUGGUCCCAUUAUUUGUUUUUGUAACCACUUUCCCUCCAAUUGCUCCUAAUCUAAUCACUUGCAGUUUUGUCUCAUUUAGAUUGUAAACUCCCCAA